GGUGCAAGCGUAGUUUAGUUGUUGUGGCACUCUAGUGUGCGUUGGGUGGAAUUUUGUUAAGUUAAUGUAUUGUGAGAAAGCAUAGGACGCACGCUUCUUUGACCUACAUAUGUCAUAAAGUUUUUGUUUGACAACGAAUCGAUUAAUUCCUUCAAUAAAAAUAAAAAUGGCUGCAUUUAACGUCGUCCUUGGCUGUGUUAUGGCACUUUUAUUGAUACUAUUUACUAUCAGCUCCAUCGCUAGAUAUUAUAUCAAGUUCACAUUGUUCAUCGUGCUGUCACUAAUCUUCGCGUCUGCGCCGCUACCGUUAAUGUUUUUUAGACCGUUCAGUCCUAAAAAUGCUCUAAUACCAGCUGCACUUCUGCGACUUUCUGCUCGUUUGCUAGGCAUUAAAUGGACGGUGCGUGGCCUUGAGAAUGUGGACGACUCUCGAGGAGCAGUGGUACUUAUCAACCAUCAGAGCGCCCUCGACUUGUAUGUGCUGGCGGUGCUAUGGCCGCUUAUGGAAAGAUGUACAGUGGUUUCGAAACGUUCGCUUCAGUACUUGGUUCCUUUUGGAACAGCGAGUUGGAUGUGGGGGACUGUGUUCAUAGAUCGUGGUGCUAAGUCAGCAAAGUCCGUGCUCAAUAAACAGACGGAGGCGGUGAAAAAGGAAAAGCGCAAGUUAUUACUGUUUCCUGAAGGCACGCGUCAUUCGGGAGAAAAAUUGCUGCCAUUCAGGAAAGGUGCAUUCCACGUAGCGUUGGAUGCGGGGGCGCCAAUACUGCCGGUCGUGGUGUCGAAAUAUCAUUUCUUGGAUUCUAAGCGGCACAGAUUUGGAUCAGGUGAACUAAUCAUAACGAUAAUGCCGUUGAUCGAGACGGAAGGUUUGAAAAAAGAAGACAUAGACACGCUGGUCGAGGCAGCACAAAAUAAAAUGCAAGAGGAAUUCAUUAGAACCUCCGCAGAAACGAAGAAAAGGCUCUCUGUCUACGAAAAAAACUAAAUGGUAGUCGAGAUAGUAGCUAAGUAACAAUAAAGGGGCUGUGAUAAUUCGAAGUUUGUGGUACAAAAAUAUAAAUAUUUGUUAAAUAUAUUUAAAAUACAAUAAAUUUAUUACUAGAAUUAA